GGGGGUGUAAGGCGCGCCUUCGGGAAGUCGCGAGCAGGAGGUUUUCCUCGUGACUGCGGGCCGGAGGAUUUCGGGCGUGAAGGGCCUCGUUGCCGUGGCAACGGCGGCGCCUGGAGGCAGGCCGGAGAAAGUUCCCCUAGGCCGCUCUUCCCCGCCCCUCUCGGCCGCCACGUGACUAUCCUCCGGCAGCCGCUCUUCCUUCAGCUUCCGGGGAAGAGUCGGAUCGCGAGGGAACCGGAGGCGGGGGGAGUAGUUGUGGUAGUAGUAGUAGUAACGGCGCGCGGGCAUGUCGACCAACAAUGUCGGCUACAACGAGCAGGCCGGGGACGCUCAGCCCGAGGUGGGCCAGGAAGCGACACCCACCGCCGCCUCCUCCUCCGCCUCGACGGCCUUCGGGCUCUUCAGCAGCGACACCAAGAAAAAUGAAGAUUUGAAGCAAAUGUUGGAAAGCAGCAAAGAUUCUGCUAAGCUGGAUGCUAUGAAAAGGAUUGUUGGGAUGAUUGCCAGAGGGAAGAAUGCAUCUGAAUUGUUUCCUUCCGUAGUGAAGAAUGUAGCGAGUAAAAAUAUUGAGAUUAAAAAACUUGUAUACGUAUACCUGAUGCGCUAUGCAGAAGAGCAGCAGGACCUGGCAUUGCUAUCAAUUAGCACCUUUCAGCGUGCUCUGAAAGAUCCUAAUCAGUUAAUCCGUGCAAGUGCUUUGAGAGUUCUAUCCAGCAUCAGAGUGCCAAUUAUUGUUCCGAUUAUGAUGCUUGCUAUCAAAGAAGCAUCAACUGAUUUAUCACCCUACGUUAGAAAAAAUGCCGCCCAUGCAAUCCAAAAGCUUUACAGCCUUGAUCCUGAGCAAAAAGAACUGUUAAUUGAAGUGAUAGAGAAACUUCUGAAAGACAAGAGCACUCUUGUAGCAGGAAGUGUUGUGAUGGCAUUUGAAGAAGUCUGUCCAGACAGAAUAGAUCUGAUUCACAAGAACUACAGAAAACUCUGUAAUCUGUUGGUGGAUGUGGAGGAAUGGGGACAAGUUGUCAUCAUCCACAUGCUGACUCGAUAUGCACGCAUGCAGUUUGUCAGCCCUUGGAAAGAGGAGGGAAUUCUGGAAGAGUAUAGUGAGAAGAAUUUCUAUGGAUCUGAAGAAGAGCAGAAAGAGAAAAAUCAGGAAGCAAACAAGCCCUAUUCUAUGGACCCAGACCACCGAUUGCUUAUACGAAAUACAAAGCCUUUACUACAAAGCCGGAAUGCUGCUGUGGUGAUGGCAAUUGCACAACUUUAUUGGCAUGUAGCACCCAAAUCUGAAGCUGGGAUUGUUGCUAAAUCAUUAGUACGUUUACUUCGUAGUAACAGGGAAGUACAGUACAUUGUUCUCCAGAAUAUAGCAACGAUGUCAAUCCAACACAAGGGCAUGUUUGUGCCUUAUUUGAAGAGUUUCUAUGUUAGGUCAACUGAUCCAACUAUGAUCAAGACAUUAAAGGAUGAAUAUAUUUGUUCCUCAGCAUUGACCUUAAGAUAA